GAAAAUAAAAUAAUCAUAAAUGGAAAGUAUGCCCAAAGCUAUUCAAGAGGAGAACACCGAGAUAAUCAGUCUAGAGAAGUCUGUUCUGGAAGAAACAAAGAAACAAGAUAUCGCCAGAUGCCAGAGCAUCCUCUAUAAGAUUUUUCCAGAGCAAAGAGAAAUUCAGCCAUUGGAUUCAGACUCUGGAGAAAUUCCAGAAAAUAGCCAACUUCUCAUUGAUUUCAGCGAUCUUGGAGGUGUGAAGCCUGCCCAAAAUUUCAAAAAUCUCAAGUUCUUUGAUUUAAACUUGAUUAGGUUUGUUAGAGUGAAGUCUAAAAAUAGGCAUUUUAGAGAUUUCUUAGAAUUCUCACUCCCAAAUAAAACUAAUUUUCUCUAUUUUUACUCCUCUAAUAAAAUGGAUCUGAAGAGGUCCAAUUACUUAAAUUUCUUGCUCAGGAUCAGUUCUAAAGUCCUCCAAAUAGUUUCAUUUGAAUCUUUCUGCAUCGGCCUCUCCUCCCUGAAGAGGCUGGUGGCAGCCUACAAACAUGUCGGAGGGUUAAGAUUGUGGGAUUGCAGGCUAUCAAUUCCAAGUGUUCCUGAUUUUUCAAAGGCUCUUUCUAACUGUCAAAUCCAGGAACUAGAUUUAUAUAGAUCCCGAAGGUCUUAUAAUAGUGACUGGGGGGACAACUUCAACGAGUUCAAGAACUUGGUCCAAGGAUUAGCAAGUUCUCCAGAUUUAAGGUUGAGUCUCAAAGAGGUAAAUAUCACACACUGUGAAGUAAACCAGGAUGAAGUUGAGCAAACUUUUGAAGAAAACCGACUUGGAGGAGUUAAAAUAAUUGGUGGAAAAUAAUUUUUGUUA